CAGAAAACAAAUCCAAAGAAAAAGUCACAAUCUUCAGGCUCCAUCUUCUUUGAUUCAUAGUCCCAUUCCUCCUUCGUGGGGUCUGCAUCUUUGAAUCAUCACUCUCUCAUCAUACUAUUCCUUAAGCAAAGUAGAAACCUUUAAAAACCUCUUUCAAUUGUUUUAAUCCAUUCUUCACCAACGCGUCUUCAAAGCAACAGACUUGACCAGAGAGUCUCCUUAAAGUUUUUUCUUUUUCUCUCUCUCUAGAUUCUGUAAUUCGAUCAUUUUGGAGUUAGUUUUGACUAUGCAUAGAUCUGGCACUGCAAUGGCCUGGAACGUGUUCAAGUUCUGCACAGCCUUACGUGGCCUCGGAUCAGUCAUGAUCCUACUAGUCCUCGGUGUCGUCGGUGUCACCUACUACGCCGUCGUUUUAACCAACUACGGACCAGCAACUCUCUGCCCUCAAGGAGGAGGGUUUGAUUCCCUCGCUGCUCUCACCAUCCUCCUCCUCUUCCAUUUCCUCCUGGCGAUGCUUCUUUGGAGCUACUUCUCAGUUGUAUUUACUGAUCCUGGUUCUGUCCCUCCUAAUUGGAGACCGGCUUGUGACGAAGAGAGAGGCGAAUCUGAUCCGUUGAACGGUCUGGAGUUUGAUAAUAAUUCAAAUCCAAGAUUUAGAUUCUGUAGAAAGUGCAACCAACCUAAACCUUCCCGUUGCCAUCAUUGUUCUGUUUGUGGUAGGUGUGUGUUGAAGAUGGAUCACCAUUGCGUUUGGGUUGUUAACUGUGUAGGAGCAUUGAAUUAUAAGUACUUCCUUCUUUUCUUGUUGUACACAUUUUUAGAGACGACACUUGUGACUUUGGUUCUCAUGCCACACUUCAUAGCCUUCUUUAGUGAUGAAGAGAUACCUGGAACGCCUGGCACUCUUGCUACUACUUUUCUUGCUUUUGUUUUGAACUUGGCAUUUGCGUUGAGCGUGAUGGGUUUCUUGAUCAUGCACAUCUCUUUGGUCGCUGGCAACACCACAACUAUAGAGGCAUAUGAGAAGAAAAUGAGUGGGAAAUGGAGGUAUGACUUCGGUAGAAAGAAAAACUUUGAACAGGUAUUUGGAAUGGAUAAGAGAUAUUGGUUCAUCCCAGGAUACUCAGAAGAAGACCUGAGGAGAAUGCCGGAGCUGCAGGGACUUGAAUACCCUUCCAAGCCUGACUUUGAUUCCCAGUAAUGCUGAAGAAGAUGACUUUGAUCAUCAUCAUCAUCAUCAUCAUCAUCAUCAUCAUCAUCAUCAUCCUCAUGUACAACAACAAUACGUAGGAUACAGUGAGACCCUGGAAAUGACAAUUUGAAGGAUGGUGCUUUCACUUACUGGCAAUGUAGUGUCUUCCCGCUGACGCUGAGGACAGAAACGUCAUUGGGUUCUGUAAUGUAGGAGGAUUACAACUAAGCUUUGCUGGUUACACAUUUGUUCAUCUUCUUAAAUAUAUAUGAUCACCUUCUUAAGUAGUUUUUUGUUGUAAAACAGUUGGUUUCAAUGUUAAUUUUUUCUUAUUAAAAACCAAAAAAAAAAUCUAUUAUAGUAGUAACAAAAAGUCAUAUUUAAGAUGUCAGCCCCAGGCUUAUAUUAUUUUUUCAGUAUUCAC